CCGUAGUUCCGCGCAUGCUCAGAGGCGGAGGUCGGCGGGGUCCUGGGAGGGUCGCGGAGGCCAGCCUGCCCCGCCCCCGCCGAGCUUCCCUUCCGCGCCCAGGCCCGCUGGCUUCCCUUUCCGGGAGCGCAGGCUGCGGCUGCCGGUGUCACCUUCGCUCCCCUCCGCAGAGUCGGCUCCUGCAGCUCCUCGGCGGCGAGCAUGGCAGCUCGGAGACGCGGGGCCGCCCUGCAGCUCUGCUUCGCAGUUUUUUUACUUGAUAUGGCUUUCUGUAAAGGAUAUGUGGAAGAUUUAGAUGAAUCGUUUAAAGAAAAUAGAAAAGAUGAUAUUUGGCUUGUAGAUUUUUAUGCACCAUGGUGUGGCCAUUGUAAAAAACUGGAACCGAUUUGGAAUGAAGUUGGUCUGGAGAUGAAAAGCAUUGGUUCUCCAGUUAAAGUUGGAAAGAUGGACGCUACUUCCUAUUCCAGCAUUGCUUCAGAGUUUGGAGUUCGAGGUUAUCCAACAAUUAAGCUAUUAAAAGGGGACCUGGCAUAUAAUUAUAGAGGACCACGAACUAAAGAUGAUAUAAUUGAGUUUGCUCACAGAGUGUCUGGGGCUCUAAUUCGGCCACUCCCAAGUCAGCAAAUGUUUGAACAUGUGCAGAAGAGGCACCGUGUAUUUUUUGUUUAUAUAGGUGGAGAGUCACCUCUGAAGGAGAAAUACAUCGAUGCUGCUUCAGAAUUAAUUGUAUAUACGUACUUUUUUUCUGCCUUAGAAGAGGUUGUUCCUGAGUACGUGACCCUGAAAGAGAUGCCUGCUGUGCUUGUUUUCAAAGAUGAAACUUACUUUGUUUAUGAUGAGUAUGAAGAUGGCGAUCUCUCAUCUUGGAUCAACAGGGAGAGGUUUCAGAAUUAUCUUACAAUGGAUGGCUUCCUCUUAUAUGAACUUGGAGACACCGGAAAGCUUGUGGCUAUUGCAGUAAUUGAUGAGAAAAACACAUCAGUUGAACAUACCAGAUUAAAGUCGAUUAUUCAGGAAGUUGCUAGAGAUUAUAGAGAUCAGUUCCACAGGGAUUUUCAGUUUGGCCAUAUGGAUGGAAAUGACUAUAUAAAUACCUUACUGAUGGAUGAAUUGAAAGUCCCAACUGUAGUUGUACUGAAUACUUCAAACCAACAAUACUUUUUACUAGACAGACAGAUUAAGAAUGCAGAAGACAUGGUCCAGUUCAUUAAUAACAUUUUGGAUGGCACAAUAGAUGCCCAAGGAGGUGACAGCAUUUGGCAGAGAUUGAAAAGAGUAGCAUUUGAUGCCAAAUCUACUAUUGUGUCUAUAUUCAAGAGCUCUCCACUUAUGGGCUGCUUCCUCUUUGGCCUGCCACUGGGUGUCAUCAGCAUCAUGUGCUAUGGCAUCUACACGGCUGACACAGACGGAGGUUACAUAGAAGAACGGUAUGAAGUGUCCAGAAGUGAGGCUGAAAGCCCAGAACCGGAAGAAGAGAGCAAAGAACGACAGGAACCCAGGAGUGGGGACUCUCUGGUGCCUGCAGUGCAAGAACCCAAAGAUGUAUUAGAAAAGAAGAAAGACUGAGAUUUUACUAGGAUAAAAUAUUUGAUAGGAUUUCAAAUUAUUAAAGAGUAUUUAUUGAAUUUAGACAUUUAAUCAUGACCUUUACAGAAGAGAACAUGGUGUUUGUAUUUUGCUAAUAUCAACUGCAUGGGUUAUAAAAUAGUCCUUCUGUAAAUGGGGAAAAGUUUGGAACAAAGAGAUAGAACGUUUGUCUAAAACAAACAAAAUCAAAGCACUCCAUCCAAGAUUACCUUUAUAGAUGUUUUUCUUCCAGAUCAGUUCUAUUUGCAUGUUUCUCUAUCUGAAUAUUCUGUGACAAAAUUAAGAUUCUUGUGCAGAAUAUUUAAAUUGGCCAAUCAGGUAGAAGAUACAUGUGUGAUAGAGAAAAAUAACAGCUCCGCCUCUUACCAUCCAUUCUCCUCAUGUUUUGGAUAAGAUUUAUAUGGACAGAAUUAAGUCUUUAAAAUUUAGGCACUUUAGGGGGAACUAAUAACUUUUUCCAAGGAUCAAGUUAAGAUGAGAUAAAAUAAUUUGGUUUUAUAUAGCAUAGUGAUUUUAUUUUGUCAGUUAUAUUUUUGUUAGUUAUUUUUAAAGGAGAGGAAAUGUUACUUUUUACCUUUAUACUCAGUUGCAUUAUAAAAUUUUCAUAUGGGCCUAUAUCAUGGGGAAAAAAAGUCUUAUCUUUAAUCUUUGCAGCAUAAACAGGAUUUGCUUGGAUCAGUGAUUUCAAAUGAUGCCCUGGACACUUAGAAGGUGUCUCAGCCAAACACUGCGGGAAGGGAGGGGGUCUCUUACUCCUACCCUGCUUUAGCCAGAACAGCCUACUUUUAUUUUUCUGUUUUAUAUAUUGGGAUUUCUUUUAAAAUUUUUUCUUUGAUAAAAAAGCUCCUGCUGCUUUUUAAGAAGUAAUAUAUAUCAUUUUUAUGUUUAUGGUAUGGUAACUUUAUGGUAAUUUAUGAUCUAUUGUGUGUUUAUAUAUACACAUAUACACACAUAUAUAUAUAAAAUUUAUUGACAUACAUCUGUUAUGUAAUAUUAUGGGCGUCUGUGUUCAUAAUAAGUAGUGAGUGACAUAAUCAGCAUGUCCAGUGCUUAGAGACCUGCCAGUUACCUUCUCCAUCCUCCCAGUUGUUGUCCAUUUCCGAAGAUGGCCUCUCAUCUUUCUCCAUUAUGGAAUAACAGGAAUUCUAUCCCAAGUAUUUUUUUAAUAACAGUAUGGUAUGUUUAUUGUAGAUUAGUUUAUUUUUGAGAGCUUCAUUUUAGCUAAGUUUAGGAUUUUUAUUAAGUGACUAUAUAUAAUUUGGGUGGUUAUUCAUUGAGUUAUGAAACUUUUUUUUUUGCGUUGUGAAACAUUUUAAAAUGUUUCAUCGCUUUAAAAAUAUGUAAUUCAUGGUCCUGAUACUGAAGCUGUUUAGGGCUGUGGCCCCCAGGGCAGCCUGGGGUUAUUUCUGAUGCCAUGCUGAUCACUACUAACCUGAAGCUCUCAUACCUUAAGCCCUGAGGAGUUACUGGUAAUUGCCUUCUUGUACCUUUUAGUGUAUAAUCGUUACUUAUCCUUAAAAAUGUUUGGCACCCAAUUGUUACCAUUUUUGUAAGUGAAGCACAUGUGCAAUCACAGGAAAUUUCAGGAAAUACUAGAAUGAAAUGUUAUUCUUAAAUGCAAAUUGGAGAUAAAUGUUAAUUUAACAAGGAAAUUUCUCUCUAAAGAAUAAUGAGCGAGUCUUUUGGAAAAUAAAUGUUAAUGUUAGUGGCGGUCAAGCUUGUUUUGCAACUGUGAAAAGCUUAGCUAAAUACGGAUGCCUCAGGAGAGUCUCAGCCCGGGAGGGAAGUUACAGCUUAGCCACUGCCAGUGAUGAAGUCGUGAACAUAUCAUGGCUUUUUUCUCCAUGCUUCUCAGUAUCAGAUGUCUGUCAUUUGCAUGGUUUUGUCUUUUGUCAAGCACACCUAUAAAUUAAAGACCAAAACAGGGAAAACAAGAAAAAAAGAGCCAAGCUUAAUAUGUAUCAACCAAGUCCAGGGAUCUCUGUAUUCCGAGAUUUUCUUGUCUAUAAAUUAACGCCGUAGUUCUCUGUUAUCUUUUUUCACAACUCUGUACUGUUGCCCCAUAUUCUGUUUGUGUUUUCAGAAUGUGUCUGUAUGGGAAACAAAAAGUGUAGAUGGUUUGUAAAUGAAUAACUUUUUUUUUAUUAAAACUUUGCUACUCUAGGAUAUUGUCACAAUAUCCUCACAAAACAAAUUGGAAACCUUUGCUGACUAGUAUGGUUUUCCCUUCAAUGUGAUAUCAGAGUUUACUAGGAAUGCUGUUUUCAUUUCAGGAAAAAUUACUUCAGAAUAAAGGUAUGUUUCUUAAUGAAUCUUGUAGAAGAACAUAGAUAUUCUAAUUCAGUGAUGAAUUACUGUGAUUACACAUCAAUAUGGGGAAUACACUUCAGCAAGUGGAAGUUUUGCCUUUGUUUUCAGUUGCAAUAAAGUUCUGUUUCUAACUUCUAAAAUUCAAGAUCCUAGAUGCUGGCUGUUGCUGAAUCUGGUGCUCAGACAGUUUUUAAAGAUAUUUCAAAGAGAAACUGCGUGUUUUUAUCGAGCAGUGCACCCCAUUAUAGCUUGCAGUACUUUUUGUUUCUUUGUAUACCUUAAUAUUUCUCUAGCUGUCUGAAACUGCUAUCUGAAACUUAGGUGGUUAGACCUGGAAUUUUCAUUUUCUUCUCACACAUACUGCUCGCUGGUAUCUGAAUUAGAAAUACCAUGAAGAGCCAAAUGUCUAGAGGCUAAAGAAUGGGUCUAUAUAAAUAGUAAAACAAUUAGCUAUAUUGUUUUUAUUUAGUGGACAUUUGUUCUUGUUGAUGUUUCUUGUGUUUUGUUUCAGGGGCUUUUUUGGUUUUGAUUUUGCAAAAAGUAAAUAUUUUCAUCAUUACUUCAUAUGAUAUGGAAGUAGGACAGGGAAAAAUCACUCAGCUAUUCUUAUACAGAGAUUGUUAAAAUAAGUGUAGGAUGUUAAGACUAUCAAUUUAUUGGUGGGAUUAGGUUUGCCAUUUUAUUUUUAUAAAUAUAUAUUUUUUCUGAAUGUGUCUUGAGUCCAAGAGUGGGCAAAAAAUAAUUUUCUACUUUGGACUAAUCUAUAAAGGUUUUUGAAAGUCUGUAUGACUAACUUGUUGAAUUCAUGAUAUCCUGCCUAAAGGCACCAAUUGUAAACCUUUGUUUUUCUAAAAUAAAUUAAUUGAAAACAUG